CAAACGGUACGCCCAUGCGCGACCGCACGCACCGUAACGACUACUCGUCUUCUGCCACAUCGUCUCCAGCGACCGUCCGUUCUAUGGCGUCCUUCUCUACGCCGCAGUCCCUCUCGCACCAGAACCAUGCCUCUUCCUCCGCUGCUGCUGCUGCUGCCGCGGCAGCCGCCGGCAACCCCGCCGUGCCAACCAACCAAUUACUCGCUGUCGACGGCCUGCUAGCGGCACACGCGGGCUCACCCAACCCGCCGCUCGCCGCACUCGAGACCGCUGUGGGCGAGCGCAACUCGCUCUCCGCGCAGAACACGCAGCUGUGGAAGCUCAUCGAGAAGCAGCGCUCCGGCUACAACCACAUCAUGAAGGAGCUUGAGCGUAUGCGCGGGGAGCGUGACCUGUACCGCGGUCGUCUACAGUCCCUAGGCGAGAACACGGAUAACAUGCUGCGCGCGCACCGCGCGAAGGAGAAGGCGGAGGGCAGGGAAGGUUCACUCCGGUCGGCGUCGUCGAAUUCGCAGUUGAAAGCAAAUGAUAGCGGCGCAGGGUCGUCGAGGGGGAAUAAGUUGGAUCCACGCGCACAGUUGCUGAGGACGAGCUCGGACGAAACCCCUUCACGUCUCCACCAACUGUCAUCCUCCCGUUCCUUCGACCCCACCCAGUCAACAAGUUCCGAUCCGCGCACUCCUGAGCGCAAAGGCUCGACAGGCACGCUCCAUUAUACCCGAUCGGAAUCCCCGGCGAUGCUGAGUUCGGCGAGCAACAACUUUCUGACCGCAUCCCAGCAAUCAUCUUCCAGUCAGAUCUCUACGUCGAACUCUAUGACAGCCUCGUCACCGCUCGCUACCAGCACUCGGGUUGCCGAUACCACCACUCGCAGGUCGCCGCCGUUGACACAAAGCCCAACGGAGGAGAGUCAUCAACAGCAGCAGCCUCAGUCAGCCGUUCCUGCACGCUCAGACUCACUUUCACUCUCAUCCACUCCCGCCCCAUCACCUUCGACCGCGACGCCACCGACGAAAGUCAGCUCUCCGAGAGGGACUGGCGACCCUGUACUAGGCUCGUGGAAACCUGAAGGUCCUCCCCGCCCUGCGCCUCAACCGCCCCAACCUCCGGUGCAACCGCAAAGCUCAGUCAUGUUGACGCCAGCGAGCCCCGUGAAGCCUACGGCCCCCGCAAUCAACGGACGGAGCCAUGGCGUGCCGCCAAUUGAUGGCCCCUCGUCUGCUAUCAAUGGGGUAGCUACCUCAAACGUGCACGCGACCUCGAACUCGCGUCCCCCACCGAUACAACCUCCCCCGGCGCAGCCUGAGCCCACCAAGGUGAACGGGACGACCAAUUUGGCGGUGCGUCCUCAACCAUCAUCUCGGGACUCGCAGAUCUCCCUGCCGGAAGAGACAAAGCGAUACUAUGCGUCGAUGGCAUCGCCGGCGGUAAGCCCCGGGAUGAAGUUUACAUUCCCGUCCGCGCCGAGCUCGCCUCUCGUAAAGGAGACGCACGAUAGCGGGAGCGUCAACGGAGUCGUGCCCGCUGGAGUCGGACUGGGUAUACCGAACGACGCCAGUCAAGCUCAGGGACCAGGUGGCCGAGGACGAACAAACGGGCGCGUGGCAGGGUCAGAUCGGGCAGGAUCUGUCACCACCACGGAGGAAGGCGCCGAAUUCCUUGAUAUGGACGACGAGGACAGCGCUUACGAUUCAGGAGCAAACGGUGCCAGCAGCGGCAGCGCACAGGUCGCUUCCUUCGACGACAGCACUGCGCAGAGCAGCGAUAGCGGCGACGCCCGUGCACGCGAUCCCGAAAUGGCCGAGCCACUCGCCGUCGAGGACUUCCCCCUCCCGCCGUCGUCGCAGUACGCGCCAUCUGUGAGCAUGUCCACCCGCCAGGGAACCUCAAUAGACACCCGGGACAGUCGGCCAUCUCUCUCCACCUCGGACUCUCACGUCAAUCUAGCGCCCUUUCAUGCAUCCUCGCAAACCCUGGUCUCUGACCAGCCGCCUCCCUCCCCGUUCCCCCUCCCCCUCCCGCAGGGCCCGCCCCGCAUGGGCUUCCGCGCGCUCCCCCUGCUUGCAGAGGACCUCAAGUACACCGAGGUGGUGGUGUCAACAUCCACGAUCCGGCCAAACGAUCGUGGAAAGGAGGUACUGUCCUUCAUCAUCGCUGUCGACCCUGGCCGCGGAAAGGAGUCCUGGAAGAUCGAGAAGAUGUACAGCGACGUACUCGGGCUGGACACGCGAAUGCGGGCGACGGUGGGGAGGAGCGCAGCGAAGAAGUUGGUGACUCUGCCCGAGGGGCGGCUGUGGCGCGAUCAUGCGCCAGCGAAGGUCGACCAGAGGAAGACCGCACUCGAACAAUACUUGAGGUCCGUCAUCACCCUCCCCGUCAAGAACAAGGACGAGAUCGUCGCGUUCUUCACCUCGGACAUCGUACGAGACGCCGCAAAACCCGUUUCCCAGGCAGGAUAUAAGGAGGGUUAUCUUACCAAACGCGGUAAGAACUUCGGUGGAUGGAAGACACGGUUUUUCGUCCUGCAGGGCCCCUCCCUGGAGUACUAUGAAAGUCGCGGUGGUACGCAUCUAGGCUCGAUCGUGAUCGCCGGUGCCCAAAUCGGACGCCAGCAGCGGACGCCAGAGAAGCGCGAGGGGGACGAAGACAACGAGUAUCGCCACGCCUUCCUCAUCAUCGAGGCCAAACGCGCCCCCAACGGAUCCACUGCGCGCCACGUCUUGUGUGCGGAGAGCGACCAGGAACGUGACUCAUGGGUGGAGGAGCUUGUGCGAUAUGUGACCGGCACGUACAACGAUGAACAGGUCCCUGUGUCCAGCGUGAGCGGUCCAAGCCCAGUCUCCAUGUCGAGCGCAGCACAAAGUCCUGCGCCACGCUCGAGCACGAGCUCCAAUCCCCCGACCGAUCUACAGACGACACCUGUGCGGCGAACCACGAAGGAGAUGGUCGUUAUCGCCAAGGGCCCGGCCAUGCCCAUCUCGCAACUCGCGCCCGACGGUAGCAACGCGAAGCUCUUCGGCGGCGCUGCGUACCCCGAGAUGGUGUCGAACAGCCCCGCAAAGUCCCUGGCGCCCUCGUUCUCGGAGCGUGUCGAGGUGGACGCGCCGCCGUUGUCGAGCUCUCUCCCUGUCUCGUCCCCGCUCGUGGAGGAGCCCGAGACGUCGGUGGGGCUCGGCCAGCGUGCCAACUCGGAGCUCGGGCACUACCCCGACCUCGUCGACCAGCGCACGGCAACAGCACGGUCCCCGGAGCAGAUCAAGCGGAAUAAGAUGAAGCGCAUGUCGAUGAAGCCGCCCUCGAUUCCAGAGCGGUCCUCCUCGCCGGAGAAGGACGCUGGGCCGAACACGCCCCGGGUGGACGCUCACGGCAAAGUCAAGAUUUCGGGGCCCAUGAACGGGACUCCCAUCCCUGCUGGUUACAAGUUUGGCGGCAAGGACGCGCCGCCGCCUGAGCAGCCGCCACCUUUGCCCACCACCACAAGCAAUGAUCGACGGGAGAAGACGAAGUCCCGGACGUUCAAGAACUGGGGCUUCGGCAGAGCGCACGACAAAGCCGCUGCGGUGGCAAUGCCGACAUACAUCCCUCGGGCGGUGUUCGGUGUGAGCCUCGAGGAGUCCCUUGAUGUCGCGCAGAUUGCGAGUCUGCCCGCGAUCGUCUUCAGGUGCAUACAGUAUCUUGAGGCAAAGAAGGCAGAACACGAAGAGGGUAUCUACCGGUUGAGUGGUAGCUCGGCUGUGAUCAAGAGCAUGAAGGACCGCUUCAAUGCUGAGGGUGAUGUGGACCUACUAGCCUCGGACGAGUACUGGGAUCCGCACGCCAUCGCUGGGUUGUUGAAAACCUUCCUCCGGGAACUGCCUGCGAGCAUCCUCACGCGCGAUCUGCACCUGCGCUUCUUGUCGGUGAUUGACUUCGUCGAUCCCCAGGAAAGGAUCAGGGAGCUCUCGCACCUCAUCUCUUCCCUUCCCGUGGCCAACUACAGUCUGCUCCGCGCUCUCACUGCGCACCUGAUCCUCAUUGUGCAGAACUCGGGCGUGAACAAGAUGACGAUGCGGAAUGUCGGAAUCGUCUUCAGUCCCACGCUAGGCAUUCCCGCCGGCGUGUUCAGCCUGAUGCUCGGCGAGUUCAACCGCGUGUUCAAUGUGGACGGGACGCUCGAUCAAGAGGACGAGACCGACGGCGACGGCAGCGAAGAGCCUCAGGGCCAAAGCAAUGCCGCGCGGCGGAAUAGCCAGCACUAUUCUGAGGCCGCAGCCGACCAGAUGCUGGGACUCGCUGGGAGGACACUGCCAGUGCAACAAGAAGAGGCCCAGUCCGACGACGGGGACGAGAUCGUCGAAGAAAGCGGCACGGAAGCGACGACAGAGAACGAUUCCGAGUCCCUCGUGGAAUCCUCGGCGGCUUCGAGUUCCGCACACACGAACGGAAACUCGAACAUCCUGGUGGAGCGCGAGCAGACGCCGCCCAACGAGUCGCAAGCCUCGCGCACCCGUGCGUCCGCCCUCGCUGCGAGCCGCGGGCUGAGCGUCGCGACCGACAAGGCGAGCCGGCGGCACAGUCGCAUGAUUGGCCUCCCGCACUCGCCUCGGCCGCCCCCACAGGGCGCGCCUGCGAUGCCCGGUCAGGGUCCUGCGCCCUCAAGUUCGUCGGAGGCGACCUCGAGCCCCCGCUUGGGCGAGGGUCUGGCGGCGGUGCCCGCGUCGCCGUCGCCAUCGGCCGCCCCAGUUUCUCCGCUGCGACCGACAUAGUGCCGCGGCGCUCCGCCGCUGCGAGCGCUAGCUGGUGAGUGACGCACGACGGGGGCGAGUGGCGAUCGCCCUAUGCUACGUACAUAUUACAUCGCAUGGCACCUAUAUGGCACACGACACGUAUGGUUCUCUAUGAGCUUGGUUAGGUGGAGGGGGGCGGGUGGGCUUCGCGAAGGCGGAGUCGGUCGAGAUGCUUUCCUUCUCUCACAUAUUUUCUCUCCUUUUACGUCUAUGGAUCCUCUUAGUACAUAGUUGCAUGUCCCAAUGAUACCCACUGGCGAUGUAUAUCCCGUCCUGCUGAGAUGUAAAUUAUCCUGCCUGAUUGUGUAUGUGCAGAAC